GGGGAAACCUGAGAGCGAUGCAUCAGGCUCGCCUCGGGCUCAGCUCAGAGGAGGACUUACCGGGGCGAUGUUGUAAGUUCUUUGGCACUGAUCGCCAUAUAUUUUCACGUCAUUUUGGUUUAGAUCUUAUGAAGAUGAUGUAUAUGGUGUAAGAUUGUUCAAAGAGCCUCUAAGUUUCUCUCUAUUUUCUAAGAACUCCUUGCAUUCUAUUUUUGACAGCGAAAUCUCUGAAUUUUACCUCUCUUCUAAGGAAAUUCUCUCUUUUUCUGAUAGAAGCCUCUACGUUUGACUCUCCCUCUCUUCUGAGAAGCGUCCAACUUCCUUUUCUUUGACGAUAAAAUAGUUCGAGGCUUUUGAAUAAAACUAGAGGCCUUAUUGUCAAUAAAGAAAAUGUAGGGAACUUUUGAAAAGAAGAGGAUAAACUUAAAGGUUCCAUUGUCAAAAGCAAAAGGUUUGAAGACUUCUUUGCCAAAAGAGAUAGAACUCAGGUAGUGCUAAGCAUGGUUUGGUACAGACCGAAUAAACUGAUCGAACCAACCAAAAAAUAGCAAUUCGGGUUGGUUUUUUGGACUACUCGGUUCGGAUCGGGUCGAAAAGUUUUCAACCCGAACCGCCCGAAUCAACCGCAUAUAAGUCAUUCACAUAUUUUCUUAACCCGUACCCGUUAGAAACCCAUACCCGUUCUCCUCUUUUAAUAAUCUAAAACAAAAGAAAACGCCGACCCAAAAUUCCCAAUUUCUCUCACGACUACAUUACAGCGGUUGCCUCUCCAUCUUUAGUCACUAUCAAUCACCAUCGCCGCUGACUUUGUCGUCGAAUCACCGACGUGCCUCCGAAUCACCGCCAAUACGCGUCUGACUCGCCGUCGACUCGUUGACUCACCUUCAACUCGCUGUAGUCUCACCGCUGCCUCGCCGUCAUUAGGGGAAAAUUCUACCUGAAACCCUAUCAUUUCGAUCCAUCCCCUACUUUGGAGACACCCGCAGUGGCAAUGGAGUUUAUUGAGCAUAUUUGUUAUGGAGUUUAUUUGAGGGAGAAGAUGUUCCAGAGAAAAGGUUUGCAAGUACAAUUAUUUGAAGGGAUACUUCAUCUCAAUGGGUUUAUUCUAAUUUUUAAGUGGGGAUCUUUGAAAGUUCGAUGGGAUGAACAUGCCAAUAUCCAAAGACCAAAAAGAGUCAAGUUCGGUUCGGUUUUGACUAAUGGACAGUUUGAUUCGGUUGUUCAAAAUUUGAUAAAAACCGACCCGACCGACCGGUCCGACCAUUUGCACAGCCCUAAACUCAGGGCUUUUUAGACUCUGUAUUCUCGAGGUAUGCAUAUAGUCUUCCAUGUUUCUUGUAA